ACGGCGCUUUGCAGAGAACUGAAGAUGUUGCUGUGGGUUGUUCUUGUCCUGGAUUUGGGGGUUUCUGCCGUGAUGCUGCCGCAAAUCACGGAUGAGAAAUUCAUCGCCGAGUGUGUGGAGGAGCACAACAAAGCCCGUUCAGCUGUCAGACCACCUGCAAACGACAUGCUGUAUAUGUCGUGGGAUGAGGCGUUGGCCAUUACCGCCAGAGCGUGGGCGAAACAUUGUAAUGACCGACACAAUGUCCACCUCAGUAAGGCUCAUUACAUGCACCCCACAUUUGCCUCCGUGGGAGAGAACAUCUGGACGGGCCCGCUGGAUAAGUUCAGCGUAAAGAGUGCCAUUCAAAAGUGGGUGGAUGAAGCCAAGCAUUACACCUACAAGGGAGACAGAUGCACAGCUGUCUGUAGCCACUAUAGACAGGUUGUGUGGGCACAAAGCUACAAGGUUGGCUGCGCUGUUGUGUACUGUCCACAUGGUAUCAAAAACUUUGACGGUCUUCAGGGUGCCAUUUUUGUAUGCAACUAUGCCCCAGGUGGAGAUAUCGAUGGAAUUCAUCCUUAUGCAACUACUGGAAAUCCAUGCUCUGGAUGCAAAGGCGAAUGUGACAACAAAUUGUGUCUCUAG